AUGCCAUUUCCGAUAUGGUGCUCGACGUGUCAGCCACCGGACUCGGUGCUUAUUGGCCAAGGCGUCCGGUUCAAUGCUGAGAAAAAAAAGGUUGGGAAUUACUACUCGACGCCGAUAUAUAGUUUUCGAAUGAAGCAUGGCGCUUGCGGUGGAUGGAUAGAAAUCCGGACGGAUCCGAAGAAUACGGAAUACGUGGUUACGGAGGGAGCGAGGAAGAAAAUUACAAGUGAGUUCGGGAAAGGCGAUUAUGAAGAAGAUGGCGUGGCGGAGAUCAGGGUGAAGCUUCCUGGGGAAGAGGGAGAUGUUGAGGAUCCGCUUGCGAGAUUAGAGGGGAAAGUCGCGGAUAAGACGAAAUAUAUGAGCGCGCAAACUCGAAUGGAAGAACUUUUAAAGAAGCAGGCAAGGGACUGGGACGACCCGUACGAGCAAUCCCGGAAACUUAGGCGGACCUUUAGAGCGGAGAGAAGGGGAAGGGAAGCUAUGGAGAAAAAAGCGGAAGUGCUUAAAGACAAAAUGAGUUUGGGGAUUGAUUUGGUGGAAGAGAGCGAAGCGGAUAACGUCCGUGCUGGGAUGGUCGAUUUUGGCUCGUCAGCUUCAGAAUCUGUAAAUGGCUUCCCUGCGCGAACGCGGACACGGCCGCUAUUUGACUCGGGCCAACCAACGACAUCGGAAACGUCCUCGUCUUCAGCAAGUCGUCGUCGUCCUGGAAAAAGGGUGUCAAAACGCAAAGCCGCUGCAGAGAUCGCGAGUAAAAGAAAGGCGAUACUCCAACAAGAAAUAAAAGGGAAUACGAAAGCGACGAUAGAUCCAUUUCUAAACGAUGUGAAUGAAAUUUGGCUCCCAGACAUUAGGAAACGGAGAAAAGCAGAUUUAAGGCCUAGGGGCGCCCAAAAGGAUGUCGAUGAAGACAGCCCGGCCAUUGAUGACCGUGGUACCGACAAUAUUAGGGACAUAGAGGACAGAAAACAGGUGGCCAAAUCAACCGAAAAUGAACAAGGCAAAGGCGUACUGUCGUUGGUGCAUUAUGAUUCUGAUACGGACUAG